GAGAUGUCUGGUCGUGGCAAGGGAGGUAAAGGACUCGGGAAAGGAGGCGCUAAGCGUCAUCGCAAAGUGCUCCGUGAUAACAUCCAGGGCAUCACCAAGCCUGCUAUCCGCCGCCUGGCUCGCCGCGGAGGAGUGAAGCGAAUCUCCGGGCUGAUCUAUGAGGAGACCCGCGGGGUGCUGAAGGUGUUCCUGGAGAAUGUGAUCCGGGAUGCCGUCACCUACACCGAGCACGCCAAGAGAAAGACCGUCACCGCUAUGGAUGUGGUGUACGCGCUGAAGCGCCAGGGGCGCACUCUCUACGGGUUCGGGGGCUAGAGAUUUGGACACGAAACACGAACACAAAGGCUCUUUUAAGAGCCGCCCACCCUUUCAUUUAAGGAGCUUUGAAUUAUAAAAUAAACUGCACUUAGGAAAACAGUGUAAUGUUUAAAAG